GCUCUUCAAUCUCAUUUCCAUUUACAGAAAUAGCAAAAACUCUGUUCAAUCACUGUUUUAACAUAUUUUCUUAAAAAUUUCCCCUUGUUUUCAGUGUUUCCUUUGUUUUUCAAGAAACUUUGAUCUUCUUUUGCAGCUUUCCACUGAAGCUUCUGAUACUGAUUUUGUGGUUUUAAUUCCUCACUAUGUUCAGCCCGGAAACUAUUCCAAGAGAUAUUAGUAGUAGCGGUUGUUUUCUACUCCCCAAUAAUAACCGUGUGAAGCAUGUUUCUGAUGGAGAAUUCUUGAAAAGUAGUGGAUUGGCCCGAUAUCGUUCAUCUCCAAGCUCGUUCUUCACAACCCUUCUCGAAUCUGGUAAUGAAUCCGAUAGUAUGUUUUCUGCCCUAAUGAAUGAGAUUCGGGAUGAUGAUCUGAACCAGAGGAAUCAACUGCUGUAUUCUUCUGGUGGGGCUAUGAAGCAAGAAACAGAAGCCGGUACACUAAAGAAUGGAUCUACUUCACAAGUGGUGUAUGAAAGUGGAGGUGCUAUUGUGGGAUCAUAUUCUAUUGGAAUGGAGAAUCAAGUUCAAGUGAGGAUGAAUAAUGGGAACGGGAACGGGAACGGGAAUUGCUCAAAUCUUGUCAGGCAAAGCAGUUCUCCUGCUGGAUUUUUCUCUGCUUAUGGUGUAGCUGGAGAAGUAGGAAAUUACAGAGUUGGUAAUGGGACAAGUGCUGAAGCCCAUUCAUCAGCAAAUGGUUUGAACAAUUACAUGAACUUCUCAUCCAGUUCACCUUCUAGAUCGAGGUUCAUGCCCAGCAUACCAGAAAAUGGAAACGAAGACAUAAGCAUGCAUAAUUCCGACAACGGGCAAUGGAGAAAUGCUAAUAGUGCUAAUGGCAAAGAAUAUGAUGCCACCUUUUCGAAAAGCAUGUGGAAUGAAUCUUCCUUCAACCAGUUAAAAAGAAACAGAGAUGGCGACUCAAAGAUGUUCUCUAAUUUCUGUGGAUCAAAAAAUCCGAGUGUGGAAACUAGGAACAAUAAUCAAGGUCUAACACACCAUUUAAGCUUGCCAAAAACUUCUGCUGAAAUGGCUGCGGUAGAAAAGUAUCUACAAUUUCAAUCAGACACUGUUCCUGUUCAAGUUCGUGCCAAAAGAGGUUGCGCUACUCAUCCACGAAGCAUUGCAGAAAGGAUGAGACGCACACGGAUUAGUGAGAGAAUGAAGAAGUUGCAAGAACUAUUUCCUAAUAUGGACAAGCAAACGAGCAUAGCUGAUAUGUUAGGUUUGUCCGUUGAUUACAUUAAAGACCUUCAGAAACAAGUCGAGACUCUCAUGGACAAAAAAGCAAAGUGCACGUGUUCUAGUAAAUCAAACCAAGCUAAUUCUACAAUGUGAGUUGCUCUGUACAUACUAUAAUAGGCAACAUGAUGGGGUUUCAUAUGCAUCCAAUCCUUUGGAUGUUCUGCUGUCAGACACAUGCAUAGACAUUCUCGUCUAUGUAGAUCAACACAUAAUGUUUCAAAGAGGAGACGAACUUUACAUUUUCAAUGUAUUCAGGGGCCUCGUAUGGGGAAGACUGGUGUAAUCUAUAGUGCAUUAUCUAAAUUCAUUUAGUUGUCGUACAUUUAAUUCGUGUAAUGCCAGUUUUGUUAUGGGAUGAUGGAAACUCGUCCUUUUUGUAGUCUUUUUGGAUUCGGCAGCCUUAGACCCAAAGAGUUCGGGGAAGGUGGUAGGCUACCUUCGAGUUGAUGUUUUCAACUCAGGGUCAAAAACUUGUCUUGCUUACGGAGACGAGUAAUAUUCAAUGAUUCGGGUCUUCUUAGAAUUAUGCCAGACAUCUUGUGGCAAAUUUGGGUCAUCAGUUAUUCCAUAAAGAUGGUGUAAUCUCUUAGAAAACUAUUACUACACAAAGGACUCUCCAGAAUUUGUAGAAGUAGCUCCAUCUGAUCUUGGAGAAUAAAGUUGGUUUAACGGGACAACUUUUGAACAUAAUAUAUUAUGUUUUCAGUUAUUCAUAGGAUGAACACUAAGAUUCUGAUGAGGUAUACCGAUUGUUGUAACGAAUAUUCUGAAUAACUUUGAUUUAUAAGAAAAGUCAGUCAGUUGGAAGGA